CCUACGGUGCCCUGUAUCUGUAGGAAGCCUUGGCUGGGGUAGCUGUGCUGGUUUAUGCUGUCCUGCUGCCAUCCUUUGGCAGGAUGCUGGGGACACUGGGGCUUUGGACACUGCUUCCUGCGGUUGCACAAGUGUCCCCAAACAGGAGGACCUGUGUGUUCUUUGAGGCUCCUGGAGUUCGGGGAAGCACAAAGACUCUGGGGGAAGUGCUGGAUACAAGACCAGGCCCCCCCAAGAGCAUCCGCUGCCUCUAUAGUCAUUGCUGCUUUGCCAUCUGGAAUCUGACCCGUGGCCGGGCACACGUGGAGAUGCAAGGAUGCCGGGACAGUGAUGAGCCAGGCUGUGAGUCCCUGCACUGUGACCCAAUCCCCCGAGCCCACCCAAGCCCCAGCUCCACUCUCUUCACAUGCUCCUGUAGCACUGACUUCUGCAAUGCCAAUUACAGCCUUCUGCCUCCUUCAGGGAACCAAGGGGCUCCUGACCCCCAGGACCCCCAGCCUACCCCAGGUGGGCCCAUCUGGAUGGCGCUGCUGCUGCUGGGGAUGUUCCUUGUGCUGCUGCUGGGCAGCAUCAUCUUGGCCCUGCUACAACGAAAGACCUGUGGAGUGCGUAGUGGGUCAGACCCGGAGCCAGACUCAGGAGGAGACUGCAGUGAGGACCUGCCAGAGCUGGCCGGGCUAUGCUUCUCCCAGGUCAUCCAAGAAGGAGGUCACGCAGUCGUGUGGGCCGGGAGGCUUCAGGGUGAAAUGGUAGCCAUCAAGGCCUUUCCCCCAAGGGCUGUGGCCCAGUUCCGAGCUGAGAGAGCUGUGUACCAGCUGCCGGGCCUGCAGCACGAUCACAUUGUGCGCUUUAUCACUGCUGGCCAGGGGGGCCCUGGGCCCCUGCCCUCUGUGCCUUUACUGGUACUGGAACUGUACCCUAAGGGCUCCCUGCGUCACUACUUGACGCAGUAUACCAGCGAUUGGGGAAGUUCCCUGAGGAUGGCUCUGUCCCUGGCUGAGGGCCUGGCAUUCCUCCAUGAAGAGCGCUGGCAGGAUGGCCAGUAUAAACCAGGCAUUGCUCACCGAGACCUGAGCAGCCAGAAUGUGCUCAUUCGGGAAGACAGGUCAUGUGCCAUUGGAGACCUGGGCCUUGCCUUGGUGCUCCCUGGCCUUGCUCGGCCCCCUGCCUCAGCACCCACACAACCCCAAGGCCCAGCUGCCAUUUUGGAGGCUGGCACCCAGAGGUACAUGGCUCCAGAGCUCUUGGACAAGACUCUAGACCUACAGGACUGGGGCACAGCCCUCCAGAGAGCAGAUAUUUACUCCCUGGCUCUGCUCCUGUGGGAGAUCCUGAGCCGCUGUUCAGAUUUGAGGCCUGACCACAGACCGCCACCUUUUCAAUUGGCCUAUGAGGCAGAACUGGGCAGCAAUCCCAGUGCCUGUGAGCUCUGGGCCUUGGCAGUAGAGGAGAGGAGGCGCCCCAACAUCCCAUCCUCCUGGAGCGACUCUGCCACAGACCCCGGGGGGCUGAAGGAGCUCCUGGAAGACUGCUGGGAUGCAGACCCAGAAGCACGGCUCACGGCUGAGUGUGUGCAGCAGCGCCUGGCAGCCCUGGCUUACCCUCAGGGGGCUUCCUCCUUUCCAGAAAGCUGUCCACAGGCCUGCACACCUCUCUGCCCAGAAAACUGUCCUUCAGCAACUGCCUCUCCUACUGUCCCCUGCAGGGUUCAACAAGGCCCUGGCUCUAGGAGUCCUCAGCCUGUCAGUACCAGUGUUCAUGUAUAAACGAGCAGUUUGUGUGAACUCUCUAUACAGUUAACAUACAUGUGGCGAUCACAUGCCUGUUGCUGUCAUUCUCUGUGGGGUUCUAUCCCAAGGGGUACAUAUGCUCAGGAAAGAGAGUAAAGAUUUCCCACUGUU